UCGAUUUGAUUGGCUGAGGAGCGCAUGAGCUCUGAGUAAAGCAAAGGAUGCCUGAGUGCUCAGGCAGUGCAUGGACGGAUGUAAGCAAGGGACGACGGCAAGACUGGGCUUACUUUGUUAUGAUACGGCUUUACACAUCGGAGUUGCUUUAAAACUUUAAUUCACUAUUUUCGUUGACGUUACAUAAAUAUUUCGGCCAUUACUCUAGAAAUCAAGUGUAAUGUUUUGUCUGCAUGUUGUAAAAUCCCUCUCUCCACCACCUCCACCUCCGUCGACACAUCCUCUCAGGAGUGAUGGGUUCUAAGUUGACCAGACAGAGAAGUCUCGAUUUUGAAAGCAAAUUGUCCAAGAGAAGACGGCAGAGGAAUGACAACCAGGUGGAAAGCGAGAGAAGUAGCGACAGAAAGAGCGGCGGAGACUUCUUGUUUACCUCCCUGAUGCUUAGGUCCGACAAGCUCCCGGGGAUGCUGCGGAAAACCAACCUCUGCCCGUACGUCCGCCGGGUGGCCUGGAUUCGGGACAUCCAGCGGCUUCUCAGGGAGCAGAAGACGGAGCAGGCGGCCGAAGUGCUCAAACUGCUGAGAAAGGAUCUGGGACUCCAGGGAACGUCACUCAAUGACAUUUUGUACAAGAACGCAGCUUUCCUCAACCUGGUGGACCCCAUUUCCCAUGAGCUGCUGCUCAGUCUCGCCCGAGACCUGCAGUGUCCCAAAAAGGAGACAGACUCGCUCAAGUCGACCACCAAGAUCUGCCGCCAGCUGAUCUACCACCUGACCCCUCACUCCAAGUGGACGAGGCAGAGCGUGCCCAGGAGGAAGUCUCAGGCCUGUCUGAAGACCACCCUGAAGAAGAAACUGUCCGGUGACGUGGUGAACCUGUCAGGCAUCCCACUGUCGGGCCGAGACAUUCACCGCGUGGCAUUCUACCUGCAGAGUAGCAGUGACGCAGUGUCAGCUGUGGACCUGAGCUUCACCGAGCUGCAGGACGAGAGCUUACGGCUGCUGUUGCCCUCCCUCGGCUCCCUGCCCAAACUGUCCAUACUAGCCAUCAACGGAAACCGUCUGACUGUAGCCAUCCUGAAAGACCUGACAGACGCUGUAAAGGAUCCCAAGAAGUUCCCUAAACUGGCCUGGGUGGACCUGGGCAACAAUCUGGAUAUCUUCACCGUGCCGCAGCCACUGCUUGUUGCCCUGCGGCGCCGUUUCGGUUUACGCAGCAGCCUUCCCACCAUUUACGAAUACAGAGAGGCUCAGGCUAUCACUGGCUACGCACAAAACAUGGAGACCUCUGUGGAGGAGCCCAGCCUGUGUGAGGAGGGCGAUGGAGAGGAGGAUGAUAGAGAGGAGGAGGAGGACAGGCUGGAGCUUCAAGCCUGGGGCUAUGGAGAAGAAAACAUAUCAAAAAGUGUGUCACUGCACUUCUGUGGGAGGUGAUCCCUUAGUACUGAGUCAAGCCUCCUGUGUUGGCAGGUGUCACUGUGAGAGAGGCUUACAGUGACCCACAUGUUUCUGGAAAUAACUUUAAAAGAAGUGUUGUGUGUCUUCGUGGAAGCUCUGCAAUGCAAGUCAGGCACUAAGAAAUUAUUCACAGUGAUUUAACUUUCAUUUUCCAGGGGCGGCUGAACUUAAGCUUCGAGUUUUGAGCAUUUUGUGCUGUAACAGGUUAAAAGUCAAAGUUAUUUUCCACUGUCCACUGGAGGAUCCCGGGGUUAAAGUGCCUUGACAAGGGCACCUCUACAACUUCAACCCUGCUGCCACAUUUUUAUGAGAAGUAGGAGUCCGAAAUAGUAGCGAAAUACAUCACUAAAAAAAUUAUUCAUUCUUAUUUCAAUGUCAACUUGAGUUUAUUAUGAGUUACAUAAAAGGCUUCUGUUUUUUUCCAACAGUAUUUGUUGACUCUUAUUCUGAAAUAAUGGAGAGUUAUGGUACAUAAUGAAGCGGACUGAAUCCAUUUAAUUUAAACAUCCUGUUUGCUUCAGUGAGUAUGGAUUUAUUAAUGCUUAAGCUGUAUGUAGGAAAGCCACAGUGUGAUACAAUACUACACACAUACACACACACACACACACACACACACACACACACACACACACACACACACAGUGAUGGUGUGAGCUGGCAAUGAACUGAUUACCUCUGCUAUCAGGCCUCGUUAGGCUCCUUCAGGCCCAGAUGGUGAGCAGAGAAUCUAUUUUUUCUCAGCAAAUAGGACUAGCCCAGAUAAUUUUGUCCAGUCUGGGUUUAUGAGUGAUUCUAUUUAUGAAUCUGAAACAUCAGCAACAAGAAACUGAGGAAUUGAACUGAAAAAUGUCUGCAUUUACGUCAUGUGGUGCAACAGUUUUAACCUUUGUCGUGGCAUGAAACAAUGCAACAGUCUCUGACUCUUUUCUGAUGUGAAGUUCUUAUUUUUUGUAACAUUUUUUUUUAAUGGACCUGACUGUUUACCGUAGCUAAACACUAGACCCCCACCAUCAGAGAGCAUGUUUACAUGUAUAUUAUUAUUGCAAUUAUUAUGAGAUUUUUUGGGAGGCAUUUGAUAAAAACUGCAGCAUGUGAACACAACACUUUAUCCUGCCUACAGAUGUUAAUGUGACCUGUCCUAUUUCCAGUUAUUAUUCAGGAAAGUCUGUCUGUUUGUGUCCACAGGGAUGUUAAUGAACAGGAUGCUUGGUUUGUGCCUGUGUGUGUUUCUAUGUGUGUGUACGAGAGCAUAAUUAGUGUGUGUCAGUGUGUGUCAGUGUGCAUGGGUGCGUUGUGGACAUGCAGAGAAAAUUACUACCUUUGAUCGUAGAAAUGAAUGUUUACUCAUUUGCACUUUAAGGAGGCUCCCUCCCUGACUGCUCAAGCUUUGUUUUUAUGGGUCGCUGCUGACAUAAAACGUCUUGCUGAAAUAAAUGUUUUAUCCUAACUGUUUGGUUUGAUAGAUCAACCAUCAACUUUCAUUCCAAUCACUGUCAUAUUCAAACUGUUUGUAGAUUUACUUAAGCUUGACUUUGCCUCAUUAAACCAUGGCCCACUUUUAAAGUAGAAGUGUUGUUUGCCUGCCGUUGCUUCAGAAAUAAACAUGAUUUGAAUAA